AUGAAGUCCCUUCUCUUCGCUCUCGGCACCUGCGUGUCGUUUGUGGCCGCCAAUCCGUUCGGUGCCGGCUCAUUCUUCGAGCGAGGGGUUUGUGCUGCAGACAACUGCGCCAGGGCUGUUACGGGCACAGCAGCUCAGCCACCUCUUGCCACCCGACAGGCAGAUUGCUCUGCUUUCUUCAGUCCAGUACCUUCUCCGACAGUGCCAGCAUACGCUUCGGCUUGCAGUGGAGCUACUCGCUAUAGCAGUGCCUGUUCUUGCCUCGGGGUCACGGCACCGACGUCCACUUGUGUCAGCGCAGCUCAAGCUACCAACAUCGUCAACACCUUUUCUUCAUUCUUGACUGCUCCACAAGCUCCGGAUUUCGCAACGAAGGCAAAUGCACUGUUGGCGGACAACUUCACUGACACCAGUGACUCGAUCAAUUUCUUGGCCGGUUUCCCACUUGGUGGUCCGACAUUCCCCAGCAAGGCGGCGUUCAUUGGUGGUCAAGGAGCACAACCCCCUAUUCCGACCUUGACCACGCUCGAUAUCUUCUUCUCUUGCGACAAGAUCGCCUGGCGAUGGGUCGGACAGGGUAUUGGAUCCGGGAAAUAUGAGGUCAAGGGUAUCGACACCUUUACCAUCAACCCGUGGGGACAGAUCACUCAAGUUUUUGCGGAGUUUGACAGCGGAGCCUGGGCGGCAGAUCUCGCCGGUGCGUCGCCGCCUUCAGGCUCAUCGACGACGCCAACGACAAGCACCACUCCGACCCCAUCCUGA